AUGCGAUACACCAAACUAAUCUGGAAGAAUAUGUCUAUAUGUUCGCGCUCUGAUGAUAAAACUUUGAUUUUCAACAAAACUGAGCUUACUAAGCCACAAUUUGACGUUAAGAAAUACUUGAAAUGGUGUGCAGUAGGGUGCCAAAAAUCGUUCGCUGAAUCUUGUAAUGCCUUUCAAGUUAACUGGAUAAAAUCAGUAAGAGAUAGCCAGGACACUAAUGAUGAUAUCAUAUACGAUGUGAUAUGCUAUCAUGUCAAAGAUAUACCUGAGAAUAUCUAUGUAAUCUAUGAUGAUACAUGCUACCUUUACUUUAUCGAAAACCCUGUAUACAUAGAAAUAUUAGCAUGGGGAAAUGACGAUUUAUAUGAAUACCCAAACGCUAAAAAACAAUCGUCCAACAUUUUGACAAUGAAUCACUUGUGUGGGUCUAGUAUCAAUAGAGGUGUCAACUUGUACAAACUAGAUAUGACGUCACCCUCGCUGUAUGACUAUCGAAACUUCGAUUAUUAUCACUUAUCGAGUUGGGCCAUGGGGAUAAAACAAUAUCUAGAGGAAACGCCUAUUGGCACGGUGGUUCUCGGUCAAACAUGUGACGAACCAUACACAAACCUCUUCACGGUGGAGGCCUUCUUGAAAAGUGUUAACCUAGAUGUGGCUCAGUUGCAGUUUAGAGGAAAAUGGCUGCAAUACAGUAGAAUGCAAUGGCUAGGUGAAUCUCUCUGUUCAAAUUCGACCAAAAAAAUGUUGGCUCUCACAAAAAUCGGAGUCUCUAUAGAAAUGAUUGAAAAAAUGAGAUUAGUGAAAAAAUGCGCCUUCCAAUGCCAAAAGUUUAUAGAUUCGUGUUUCGCGUUUCAAAUAAAUUUGUUGGAUUCCGCCAGUGUGGUUGAUGAGUUUGAUUUCGUCUGCUAUCACUUCAGUGACAUUCCAGAUAGUAUCUUCACGAAUCUUCAAGACAACUGCUCUCUAUACAUCAGUGGAAAACCAAUAUACAUGAGCGUUUCUUCCUGGGGUAUGAAUGAUGCGGACAGGGAUUCAUACGACUCGAACAAGAUAGAGGUGCUGGGCGGGGGUAAAUAUGAACCCCCUCACGGCAGCCGCGGGGUCUUCAUCUUCAAACUCAACACGCUGAGCCACACUUUGUACGAUUUUGAUUAUUUCGGUUAUUACAAUGUUAAUAACUCAGCUGAAGCUACAAGAUUCAGGGAUGUUCUUACGAACAUCCCAAGUGGGACUAUAAUAGUGGGACGAACCGGAGACGAACCUUAUAACGGGAUAGCACCUAUAAUGUCCUACUUAAGAACUGUUAAUUUGGAUGUCUCUAGUCUGCUCUUUAGAGGAAAAUGGAUUUUUUUAUGGCAGCAAGGUGGUUAUGAAAAAUCUCUCUCCUUUAUUAGCAAUGUGAAUGUUACUAUGAAAAAACUGUUUGUGGUCUGUAACGUAGGUAGUGACAGGCUAGAUUGGACGGGCAUUAGGAUGCAGACCAUAAACUGA